AUGCCCGCGCACACGCUCGCGGAGCUGAAGGCGCGAGGACGCGGAGGAAGAGGCGCGGGCGGGAGAGGAGGCCGAGGCCGAGGCCGAGGCGGAGGCGGAGGCGGAGGACGAGGACGAGGACGCGGCCGCGGACGAGGGGGAGCGGACGACGCCGGCUUCGCCGCGUUCAACGGGGACGCCAGGAAACUCGCGCCGUCGCCGGAGCGCAACCCGUGGACGCACGCCGCGGGCCUCGCGGCGGAGAGAACCAUCGCGAGCCCGAGGACGGUCGCGGCGUCGUGGGCGCGCAAGCAAGAGGAGAUCGAAGACGUCGGCGCGUUGAUGCGGUACGAGGCGGAGCGCGCGAACGAGAGACGCGCGGACGAACGAGAGAAGACGAAGGCGGCGGCGAGAGAGGCUGGCGCGGACGUGAUCGAUCUCCUGAGCGACGGGGACGACAACGGCGCGGAUGUUGCGAAGGAGAAGCGGCGGCGGGAGAAGCGGAAGAGCGCGGAGGGGGAGGAGGAGGAGGAGGAGGAGAUGAAGAAGAAGAAGAAGGCGGCGCGGCCGCCGUGGAAAGAAAACGGCGGUCGCGCCGCGGAGGAACUCGCCGCGGCGCGGCGACGCGCGGCGAUCGAAGCGUCGAAGCGCGCGGCGACGCGAGGCGGCAGGAGCGGCGGCGUCGGUCACGGUCACGGCGACGUCGCCGCGGGAAGCUCCGGGGGUAACCCGCUGUGGAAUCCGGCGCGGUACGUCCCGCCUCCGCCCGGCGCGGGCGGCGUCUCGGCGUCGGACCUCACGCUCUCCACGGACGAGGUCGCGGAAGUUCGAGACGUGAACGGGAACUGGUACCCGUGCAACGCGUGCCUUGACACGGGCAACGGCGGGUGCACGCUCAUCGUGAGGCGGACCGCGAUCCGCAUGGGUCUGUGCGACGGCUACGGGAAUCCGCUCGCGGGCGGGCGAAUGCGGUACGUGCACGUGCGCGGCGUCGUCGAGGGGGCGUCGGAGAAGGUGCCGACGACGACGAUCGAGUACCGGAUCAAAGGGAAGACGAUGAUCGUGGACGCGGGGAUCACGGGCGCGGAGAUGGGGUGCGAUCUGCUCGUGUCCCGGGCGGAGAUCGCGCGGUUCGAGGACGACGGGUUCACGCUGCGCGCGCGGUGA